AUAAAGCCGCGGAUCAGAGUCACUGCCAAGCUCCACACCGUCCGACUGCGGAACGUGCGAACACCGGUGCUGUGAUUGUUCAGUUCUAACAAACUUAUUGAUAAAAUGCAGCCUCUAUGGCUGUCCGUGGUGUGCUGCGUCUCCGUAUUCGUCGUUUUCGUUUAUACAGCCGCAGUGCCAACAUCAGAUACGUUCGUGGUCGCAAAAGCUGAUGACGGACACACAGAAAAAUCUGAAAUGAACACUGAGGAGGAGCCGAAUGUUCCGAUCAAGCUGACGAAAAUGCAGGUGAACUCCGAGGUGUCGCUGCGUUACGCGCACACCGCCGUCGUCACCUACGUCCGCAACCCCUCGCGCCGUUCCCAACAAGCUACGUUUCACGUACUUUUGCCAGAAACCGCAUUCAUAAGCGGUUUUGUUAUGACAUUAGACGGGAAAUCGUAUAAAGCCUAUGUGAAAGAGAAAGAAGAAGCUAAGAAAAUCUACGAUGACGCUGUCUCUCAGGGAACUGGUGCUGCUCACAUAUCAGCUAAGGCCCGAGAUUCAAACCACUUCACAGUAUCAGUAAACGUGGAGCCCAACACCGAGGCGGUGUUCAACCUGACCUACGAAGAGUUACUAGUGCGGCGCAACGGAGUGUACAACCACGCCAUCAACCUACAUCCUGGCGCGCUCGUGCCCAAGAUGGAGGUGACCGUGCACAUCAAGGAAUCGCAGAAGAUCUCGCUGCUGAGGGUUCCGGAAGUGAGGACCGGAAAUGAAAUUGAUGCUACCGAGAAAGACGCUCAAAAUGCAAAGGCUGUUAUAAAAAAGAGCAACAACGACAAAGAGGCGACCAUAACCUUCACUCCAGAUCUUGAAGAACAAAAUCGACUAAUGGCGAUUUAUUCGGAUAAGAUCAUAGAAUCAGCGAAAUUACCACACGAAUGGUACUCGGAACAAAAUAACGAGAAAACAACUGGAGUCCUCGGACAGUUCGUCGUUCAAUACGAUGUGGUUCGCCCCGAAAAGGGAGACAUUUUGGUGAACGAUGGCUACUUUGUUCAUUUCUUCUCGCCGGAAGAGUUGAAACCGCUGAAUAAAUUCGUCGUGUUCGUACUGGACACGUCGAGCUCCAUGUACGGUCGUAAGAUAGAACAGCUGCGUACGGCCAUGCAAACCAUCCUCGCAGACCUGCGUCCUACCGACUACUUCAGUAUCGUUGAAUUUAACAGCGACGUCAAGGUGCACAAUCUUUCGAAGACUCAUAAGGACGAGGCAUCUCCGUACGAGUAUAGCGUCAUCGACUAUGACAUUAAUCUCGACCGCGCUAGUGGUGGCGCGAUCGCGGAACCCGUACUCGCCUCGCCUGACAAUAUCGCCAAAGCGCAAGAUAUAGUAUCGAAGUUCUCUGCUAUUGGAGGAACCAACAUCUACGAAGCACUCGACGUUGCUAUUGACGUCAUCAAUAAGGCUUAUGAAAUAAAUAAGCCUGACUCCAGCGCUGCCGUUAACAAUAGUGACGCAGAAAGAAUUAAAGCAUUGCAGCCGAUUAUUGUCUUCCUGAGUGACGGUGAGGCCUCGGUGGGAGAGACCAAUCCGAAGCGUAUUCUCUCUCACAUUAGUGAGAAAAACACCGGCGAGAGGAGAGCUGCGAUAUAUUCUCUCGCUUUCGGCCACGACGCGGACCGCGGCUUGCUUCGCAAGCUGUCGCUGCGCAACGGAGGCUUCAUGCGCCAGAUCUACGAGGCGGCCGACGCGGCGCUGCAGUUGCGACACUUCUACCAGCAAGUCUCGUCGCCGCUGCUGGCGCACGUCAAAUUCGUGUACCCUCCCAACCAGGUAAAGGCAGAAUCAGUGACGCGCUAUGUGUUUGACGCGAUCUUCGCGGGGUCAGAGACGGUGGUGGCCGGCAAACUGGAACCAGAUGUGCUGGAACUAGCGCCGCAUGUGACUGGCUUUUGUGCAGAGGAUGAAGACCAUUAUGCAAGGAAACGUUACGAGGUGAUGAAUAAGGUGAAGGUGAGUGAGAUAAAAGAAUACCUUCCACUGGAGAGGCUCUGGGCGUACCUCAGCAUCAAGCAGCUGUUGGACGAGCGAGACGUACGCGAGGACCAUGAAGAUAAUAAGGACGAGAAGAGCCCCGAGAAGCGUGCACUGGCCAUAGCUCUCAAGUACGAAUUUGUGACGCCAUUGACAUCACUAGUGGUUGUUAAACCAAACGCUACUAACGCUGUGGAUACAGUUUCUGCCGACGGACCCGACACUCAAAAAGACUAUGCAAACGGUACGGGCGGCACCAUAGACAAUGAAGCUUUUGAGGAGAGCCCUUUAGGCGCAGGUAAGAGCAUAGAUAUCUGA